UCACGUAGUUUUCGACACAAGCAUCGAAGGAGGGCUUCAUCUGACACGCCCCUUUUUACUCUGUACACGCCUCGAAGCCUGGCUUCAGAAGACCCAUCAUCACCACUGCAGAGAACAUGAUCAACCAGCAGGUGGAACCAAGAAUAAGUCAGCAGCAGCAGAAGAAGAGAUACGCGGUACGGAACAUUCAGGCAGUAGAACCAGAGCAGCCUUUUUCAUAGCUCUCAGAUUCAGAGCAUGAUCCAGUCCAGCAUGUCGGCAUUAAGGCCCCUGAAGACCCUUUUCUUUGGAGAACAUUACAGUCUUACCCGGUUCUGCUCAGGCUUUGUGUCCAGAAUGAGGUACAUAAACAGGCUGAAGGAGAAUGAUGCAGCAUGUCUUUCAGCGCUGCAAAAUGGGCACAUUUUCCUGUUUCAUCGCCUCAUCCCACUGCUGCAGUGCAGUGAUCCAGAAACCUUUAGACCUGUUGCUCUCAGCUACUCAGAGGUCCAGUCAAUCCUGCAUAAAUGUGGUUCUGAUGGAUCCUUGCUAAAAGAAUCCAUUCUGAUUGGCUGUUCUGAGCAUAACCAUGCUCAGUUCUGUCUGGAUGUGGGGGAACUGGAUCCAGCCGCAAUCGCAAAGAAUUGUAAGGGAACGUUCAUGGAUCUCAGGAAAGCUUUCUUUCUCCUAGAAGGAGUUGAGGCACCUGUAAUCGCCAAAGCUCAGGCUUUGCUCCGAUGGCACCAGAUUAACAGGUUCUGUGGCGCUACGGGCCAGCUGACCCAACGGAACCAGGCUGGAAGCCAGAGGGCCUGCAGCAGCAGCUCUAUUGUCUACUACCCAAAGAUGUCUCCAGUGGUGAUUGUCCUGGUGUCUGAUGGGAAACGUUGUUUGUUGGGCCGUCAGUCAUCCUUCCCUUGUGGGUUGUAUAGUGCUCUUGCUGGCUUCUGUGACAUGGGGGAGUCUUUGGAAGAGGCUCUGCGCAGGGAGGUAGCAGAAGAGGUGGGUCUGGAGGUACAGAACAUCAUCUACAGUUCAUCACAGCACUGGCCUUUCCCUCAAAGCUCCUUCAUGCUGGCCUGCCAUGCCACUGUUAGCCCUGCCCACUCUCAGCUGAAUGUGGACCACUUGGAGCUGGAGGAUGCUCGCUGGUUUACUGAGGAAGAAAUCACCUUCGCUCUGCAGGUAAAAGCUCCACCACGGAGAGAUCAUCGACCCGCUGUCUGGCUGCCUCCCAAACACGCUGUUGCUCACCGCCUUAUCAUGGAGUGGAGGGAGCAGCAACACAGCAAGGACACAGAAUGAUGUCUGAGGAACAAUAAAAGAACUCAUGAAAUAAAAUCCUACUGUAUUAUCCCUAACUACGUCAUCUAGACUCAUUCUGAGAGUAAAUCAUCCUGGUUAACUCAUGAAAUGGUUCAGAGCAGUCCAAAAACUAGCUGGCAUGUUGAUAAAGUUCUCUUAAUAUGAUUAUAUUGCUUAUCCAUCAUCUUAUGCCCUUCUCCCUAGUGGGGUCAUGAGGGGUGCUGAUGCAUACCUACAGUGGUCAAUGGGCAAAAGGUGGGGUCACCCUGGACAGGUCACCUGCCCAUCACUCGGCAACACAGAGACAGGCAGGACAAACAAUCAUGUUCAAACUCACCCAAGAAGAAUUUAGAGAGACCAGUCUACUCGACUGUCAUGUUUUUGGACUGAGGCUGCACAGUCUGUGGAUGCUGGAGUUGUCGUUACCUGACUAGGACUUGAUACAGUGGAUCAUUAAAUAAUUAAAAUUGAUUUAUUUUUAUUACAGGCACAGUGCAUAUUACUAAGAUUUCUGUAAACAUGCCAAAGUUAGCCAGAAGGCUUUUUUUCACCUUCAGUUCUUAGACAGAUGGUAAAACUUGCCCAGUCCUGCUGUUAUGCCUAAGUCACAAUGUUGGCAUUCUCGGUAUGGCACUUAAAUGGUUUGCCUUGUAUUUAGUGGGAAGAACCUGCUCUGUAAUGAUUCCUGCCUGCCUUUUUCCACUAAUCCUAUUUCAUGCAGUGUCUAAAAGGGUCCAUCAAUGGAAGGUAAAACUCCCCAGUCUCCAGUCUUUUGCAAACUCCAACAGGUUUUCUUCAAACAUUGUCCUGUAUUCGACUCCGUCCUUCUUCCCUGACCCUGCUGAAGAGAUGCACUGAGAAGAUGUGGAGGUGAGAAAUGUGGUCUAAGGUAAUGUUGUCAUGGUAACAAUGUGUCUCCAAAUGUUUUUAUGUUUGUUGUACGUAAACUGGCUUCAGCUGCAUAGCAAUCACCUGCGCUUUUUUUGGAAAAAAAAAUGACUAUGUUAAAUAUGCCCUUUUGCUUCUCAAAUACAUUUUUAAUAUUUUAUGAGGGAAUAUGUUAAAAUAUUAAAAAUGUCAAAUGAAUACAUUUUAAGACCAUGCUUCUAACUCUCUUUUAAAAAAUUUAUUUUGUUGCACUUUUGAAAAGUAUGUUUUUUUCUCAAAUAUAAUUUAAAUUCUAAAUUUAUAACUAAAAUUAUAGUUUGGGUAAUCCGUUUACUUUGCAUAUAUUUGUAAAAAUGCAUAUUUUAAAUGUACAUUUUAAAAAUAUAUUACAAAUGCAUAUAAACAAUACUUAUCUGAAGUUGUACUUUUGUGACUAUUUUCAAAUAGUUUCUGUUUGUUUUAAAUAAGUACAUUUCAAUAAUGUCUGUAAGUACUUUGUAAGUAGUGUCUAAGUAUAUUUCAAUGAAACACUUUCAGUGUUUACAUGCAUGUGAAAAAAGUAUGCCUUAAUCAAAUUUUUAUUGCAAUAUGAUAAUAUCAUGAAUACAAAGUGUCCCUGAGAAUCAUACUUAUUCAAAAGGACGUCACCAUCAACUUUGUUUUUUAAAGUAAGAGUGCCAGCUGAAUGCUGGCUGCCAUGUGAUGAAUCACGCCAUUGAAUUUUCCAGAAGUUUAUGUCAUCAAGUGGAAUGUGAUUCUUGUCUCAAAAACAGAAAUAAAGUUUUUUGUUGUAUGGAA